AUGGUAAUAUUUCGGCUGGUCUGGAAUAUUUGGAGAGCACUUCAGUUAUACAUCAGGCUCUCCAAUGAUAGAUACAUCGCUGGCAUGAAUAAAAGAGUAAAAAAGUUUCGCCAGCGACCGAAAUUACAUGAUAGUGAAACGACAAGACAUGGGCUAAGCUUGAUGAUGAUAAUAAUACAAAUUAUCAUCACAGCUGGAUGGGAGAAACAGAGCUCCGAGGUUACCAGGAUUUUAGUAAUGGUAAACGAAGGAGCAGAGGGAAAGACUGCAAGUGCUGGUCUUGUAGAAGAAACCAGAUGGUUUCGUAUCCCGGUUCCAGCCUUGCAAGAAGCAGCAGCUAAUACAGUACAUGGAGCUUUUCGAGCUUCAGAUGUUGGUGUCCUGCCAGAUUAUUUUAAAGAAAAAGGUGGCCAGUCAUCGCAGGACACUUAUCAAGUAAUUUUGCUCAGAUUGAUUGAUCAGCUGAUUUGA